AUGGCUAGCUCCAUUCCCCUCCAGGUCGCUGAGACGGUCCAAACCGCGCACAUCAACCGCGACCCUUCCCCGCGGCACGAUCUGAACCCCUCGACCGCAGCCUCAAAGAAGGAGCCCGUCACCCUCGACGAUGGCACUAUCGACGAAGAGGACGACGAAGAGGGCGAGACGGAAGACGAGGGCGUCUACCGCUCACGCAUCACACCUCGCCCGCGCCGGCAUCACCAAUUCCCGCCCAUGCCCGACCUGCGCUUCGAGCAGAGCUACCUGUCGAGCAUACGGAAUGCGGACACAUGGUGGAAGGUCGGGUGGAUCACAGCGAGGGACCAGCUCAUGAUGCCUUUUUUGCAGGGUGUGGUUUACAACCUGGGUCUCUGCGGCUGGCAAUACUGGAACCGGAACGCGAGGAUGCACGGGUCGUCGGUUGGGGCACGGCUGCGGCGUUGGUGGUAUGGGGUGAAUAACUGGAAAAUACCAUCCAAGAAGUUGCGGUAG